AUGUCCAGAAGUCUUGCUAUGAAGAUCUUUGACCGUUUCGAUAUCAACGCUGCCUUCGUUCUCGAUCUUGUAGGACGUCCUAAUUAUUGGUCUGCCUUCUCGCAGGUCAAGUCUGAUCGGGAAGAAAAGAAGGAUGUCUAUGAGUUCUUCUGCCAACAUCCCCGGUGGCAUCAGAAGGGACGGUAUGACAAGAUGAAAGCCGGGGCUACCCAGGGUAAUAAAGCGCCGUGUUCAAUUUAUAUGAACUAUUCGGUCGCGAAAAAUCAGACAAUUUACUUGGUUUCGGCACCUGACGAUGGGAUCUGGUUCUCAUUCUUAGAGGGCAUCAACGUCAGCAAUAGUGUCAUCGACGGCUCUUUAUUAUCACCGAAUGAGCUUGCCUCAAGCCCUUUUCUGGUCCACGCGCUGAUUUCCAACAUCGCCUUCGAGCAAGCCACUGAAUAUGCCGCUUCAGUGCGCAAUAAGUUGAUGACUCAGCUUAAAAAAGUCAACGAUUAUGCUGAUAACCAAGCCGAGGGUAGCCCAACCAAACCAGGAGAUCAGGAUGCACGAACACAGCUGCAGCGAAUUACCAUUGAGCUGCAUCAAGUAUCACAAAUGCUGAACACAGGACUGGCAAGCGCCCAAUCGUCAAUGAGAUUGAGCGAGAAGUUACUGCAGGCGCAUACGCUGUUCUGUCAACGAACGCAACAAGGCAGCCCAGGUACAAGUGUCAGCAGGACGCAGAGCGCCUUCCAGUACGUCAAGGAUGCUUUCGAGUAUCACAACAAUUGGCUCAAGUCAUAUAAAACGAGAAAGGAGACCGCAAUGAACUUUGUGUUCAACAUGGUUACGCAGCAAGAUAGCUCUACCAACCUAACCAUGUCGUAUCGAAUGUCCGAGGACAGCUCAUCAAUGCAUUCAAUCACGAUAUUAACAAUGAUUUUCCUCCCGGGCACUUUCACAGCCACGCUUUUUUCAACGGUUGCCUUUCGAGCAAGCGAUGCUGGCGAUGCGGAGGUCACUGCAUGGCUGCUCCCAUUUUGCUGUGUGACGGGUAUACUCACUCUCGUCGUUCUCGCUAUUUGGUAUUUUCGAAACAGCUUUGGAUCUUGGAGAUUUCCCAUGUUUGAAUGGUUCAGUAGACGACAAAGGGCUGUGGCGACUCGCUAUCAGAGCGGUAUGAUGGUCUGA